AACAGUAGGCACAGUUCUUUCCACCUGUGACCUGUAGUGUCUGCUACAAUAACACAACAGCUCUCUUAAACAAAGAGAUACAGAGAAAGACGUAUGCGUGUAGCUCUCUCUCCUCCUCCUUUCUUUCUAGAGAACCAAACAGUUUAGUGAGAAAGAGAGAGAAAGAUCUAAUGGAGUACGAGAGAAUACACAAAGUGCAGACUGCUAUAAUAUCUCCAAGUAAGCUAAGGAUGAAACUAAUGGGACCUCAUCAUAAUAGAAAGAAAGAUGGAUCAAACAGUAAUUCUUCAAGAACAUCUCCUUCAAGGCUUGAGGACACUGAAUUUGUCAAUAAUAGCUUAUUAGCCACUGACGAUGAAGAAGUUGUAGCUCCCAGUUUAGAAGUUCCAUCUGUUACUGCACUGGACGAUACAGUGGUUGAUCCCAGCCAAGCUGCUCAGAUGUCUUGCCAGGCCAAGGAGACGUUGCCAAAGGAAAAUGGCAAUGUGGGUCGUGUUAAAAUGCAGCAAUUCGCAAAGGUUGAAAGUGGUAAUUCAAGUGCAGUACAUCCAAUGAGAUCUCUUGAAGAUGAGAAUCUUGAUUAUGAUAGUAAUGCUAGUUCAUCUAGCUUUGAGUUCCAUAAGGAGAGAUCGGCACAUAAUCAAUUCACAAGAUCAUUUUCAAGGUCCAUGCCAUCUAAGUGGAAUGAUGCAGAGAAAUGGAUUAUGAAUAGGCAAAAUAUGCAGCCUAAUUACUCUAAGAAGAAUGCUUUACACAGCCAAGCUAAUCGGAUGCUGGGGACAAAUAUGGUGAGGGUUGCUCCAGAAUCAGCAAAUCAUGAUCAUAAGUCAUCAAUGAGUCGAGUGGUGGAUACUAAGCGCAUAGAUAUCUGUCAGCCUGCUACACAAAUGGCAAUUGAGAAGUUCUCUUUUAUUCCUCCUGGAACUCCCUCCAUUUCUGGUCAAGCAUAUGGAGGGAAUGUGCUUAUAGAUCAGUGCACUCAGAGUAAGGAUUUGAAGGAAGUGGAUCAAAGAGGACUAUCUAGCGCACAAAGUUCAACAGAAGAGACAACAGUUCUUCCUGUCAUAAGAUCUGUUUGCAUGAGAGACAUGGGAACAGAAAUGACCCCUGUUACAAGUCAAGAGCCUUCUAGGACUGCUACACCUCUGGGUGCAACAACUCCUCUUCGCAGCCCAACUUCUUCAAUUCCAUCUACUCCCCGAAGAGGAGCACCAGCGCCGACACCUAUGGAGCACAGUGCUGAUGAUGAUACGCAUAAUGCCACUGGAAGUGGUAAAAAAGAGUUGACUGAGCAAGAAAGGAAACUAAAUACAAGAAGAGAGAUUGUGGCAUUAGGUGUCCAGCUUGGCAAGAUGAAUAUUGCUGCUUGGGCAAGUAAACAAGAUCAGGAAAAGAACACAUCUUCGGUUGAGACUGCUGCUGAUGUUGAGGAGCUUGAGCGGAUUGAAUUUGAAAAACGUGCAGCUGCAUGGGAGGAAGUUGAAAAAUCUAAACACACAGCAAGAUAUAAGCGUGAAGAAAUCAAAAUUCAAGCAUGGGAAAGUCAGCAGAAAGCAAAACUAGAAGCAGAGAUGCGGAGAAUAGAGGCCCAAGUUGAACAAAUGCGAGCGCAGGCUCAAGCAAAGAUGGUAAAGAAGAUAGCUAUGGCAAGGCAAAAAUCAGAAGAAAAAAGAGCAGCCGCAGAAGCCAGGAAAAGUAGGGAUGCAGAAAGGACUGCUGCUCAAGUUGAUUAUAUUCGCCAAACAGGCCGAGUGCCCUCAUCCCAUUAUAUCUGCUGUGGUUGGUUAUCAUAAAACUGGAAAAAUUGAAGUAUUUCAAGUAGAAAGAAACUGCUCAUAAUCUCGUUGAGCCAAAGUGGCAUCUCUUGUACUUUUUGUUUUUCUUUCAUAAUUCAUUGAGCGUUGUCCACUUGUCUUGUAUGUUGCUCAAUCUUGUAUCUAACGGGUGACCUUAGUUUUCAGGUUAAAAUGUGAAAUUUCACUGCUUUUUUAUUGUUUUUGAGUCAUUUGCAAA